CUAGUUUUGAUAAGGUCUCGCCGUGAAUUAUGGGAUAAUGAUUAGGCCACAAUUUCCUGGACCCUGGAUUAGUUAACCAGAGUUAACUAACUAACCAUGGUUCCCAUUUCCAAUUUUUUUUCGCCUUCAUUUUAUCCCGCUAAACGAUCACGCCCGUCUUAACAAACCUAAACGCCAACGACUCAAAGCCAUUCCCAUUAACUCUUCAGAAGUUGACACUCCUAAUGCUUCCGGAAAGAACGGACUCCAGCUUGAGUGAGCGUUCCACCGUUGAGGUGACGGAGAGAGUGUUAGUGGCCGUUAGAGCAGAAAAAGUGAUCUCCAAGACUGCAUUAGCAUGGGCUCUCACUCACGUUGUUCGUCCAGGGGACGGUAUUACUUUGCUUGCCCUUUUUCCACCCAAAAAAUCAGGUAGGAGAUUCUGGAGGUUUCCCAGGCUGAAUGGCGAUUGUAAAAGCAGUCAUGCGGAAAAUUUGCCGGAUCGGAUUUGUGAAAUCUCCGAGUCUUGUUCACAAAUGGUACUUAAGCUUCAUAACCAAAUUGAGGUUCGAGUGAGGAUUAAGGUGGUAUCAGGUGCAUCUGGAGGUGCAGUGGCGACUGAGGCAAGGAACAAUGGAGCCAACUGGGUCGUACUGGACAAAAAACUAAAGCAAGAGCUGAAACACUGCUUGGAGGAACUUCAUUGCAACAUUGUUGUAAUGAAAAAUUCUCUAGCCAAAGUCCUUAGGCUUAAUUUACAAGUCUCAAAUGAUGACCAAACUCCAUAUCUCUCUGCUGCUGCUUCACCAAUUGAGCAAACUGGAAAGUUACCAGCGGAAUGCUUGAAGAAUUCCACUCCCGUAAGCAGUCCUGAAAGGCCAAUCUCUUCUUCCUCGAGAACCGAUAAACAAGGAUCAUUAACAAGUUCUGAUACAAUGACAUCACUUUUCCUAGUCUAUGAACAAAAUCCUCUUUUUGAAGGAAUGAACAGAGGAUAUUACACUCCUAUAGAUGAUCAAAGCCACUUGGAUGACCAACUUAUGGCUCUAGACUCCCCGGAAAAAAGGCUAACAACUCUGUCAACAAAAUCAACACCAUCAGAGGCUACUAACUACAAGAGUGUAUUUUGGAUUCCCCAAAGCCACAUUGUUGAUAAGAAGCUAUCGAAACCUCAAAACUAUAGAGAUACUCACAAAAGUAGACGUCCAACUUCCAGAUCCCUGCUUGAUGAAUUUAUUCAGUAUGAUCAAGAUACAAAGGCUGGUAGACUAGAAUACAAUCAAGGCCAAGGAAUAAAUCCAAGUUCAACGAUCAGGGAUGCAGUCCCUUUUGGUAGAACAUCCUCAAUACCUCCACCAUUAUGCUCCCUAUGUCAACACAAGGCACCAAUAUUUGGAAAACCACCAAGACGCUUUUCCUAUGAGGAGCUCGAGGAAGCUACAGAUAGUUUUUCAAGCGUGAAUUUCUUGGCAGAAGGUGGUUUUGGAGUUGUUUACAGGGGAGUUUUGAGAGAUGGCCAAGUGGUUGCAGUGAAGUUGUUAAAGUUUGGGGGUUCACAGGCUGAUGCUGACUUCUGCAGAGAAGUGAGAGUUUUAAGCUGUGCUCAACAUAGGAAUGUUGUACUGCUGAUUGGGUUUUGUACUGACGGCAAGAGGAGAGUCUUAGUUUAUGAGUACAUAUGCAAUGGCUCCUUGGACUUCCAUUUACAUGGGAAUAAAAGAGCCACAUUAGAUUGGCAAUCUCGACUAAAGAUAGCAAUUGGAGCAGCAAGAGGGUUACGAUAUCUUCACGAAGAUUGUAGAGUUGGUUGUAUAGUGCACAGAGACAUGAGGCCUAAUAACAUCCUCCUUACUCACGAUUUUGAACCUCAGGUAGCUGAUUUUGGACUUGCUAGGUGGCAUUCUGAAUUGUGUAUAAAUACAGAGGAACGAGUCAUUGGAACAUCAGGUUAUCUUGCACCAGAAUAUGCUGAUGGUGGAGGAAUUACACAAAAGUUUGAUGUGUACGCAUUUGGAUUGGUAUUAGUGGAGCUAAUAACAGGUCAAAGAACCAGUAAGCUGCAAUGUUAUAAGGGGCAGCAUGUGCUGUCUGACUGGUUCCACCCUCAGGUCGCAUUAGAACCAGGCCUUACCCUAGAAAAGAUAUAUUAUCUGAUUGACCCAUAUCUGGCUUCUAAUCAAGCCCAGAGCUUCACCCAUCAACUACAGGCUAUGGCUCGCGCUGCCUUUUUGUGUUUAUGUCCGGAUCCAGAAUCCAGACCCCCAAUGUCAAAGGUCCUUAGAAUUCUUGAAGGAGGAGAUACAGUGGUCCCACUGGCUUUGGACUUGAACUCUGUCGGCAACAGAAGUGGUCACUUGCCUGGCCUGAGCUCAAGCAUGCAACAUGAAGGAAGGAGAACCCACUGUCGUAUGCUUUCACAUGUCACAGGUACAUCUGCAGAAUCAGUUCACCUUCUUCAUAAUGUGUGUCAAAUCAGGGAACCAUUGUGUAAAAUUACUAAAGAAAUAUGAGAUUAUUCUUGUAUA